CGAGUCAUUGCAAUCUGUUCAGGCAAAACAUUCUUCAGCGUUCAGCGGCUCUCGGCUCUGUACGCCCUUGCCUCUCAAAUCAAUGAUAUAGCAGUGAUGUGCUGAAAUACCGGAUAAUUAAUAAACAAACGGGGAAAAAAAGAAAAUCAACUUGCACAGAUAGGCUGUAGGGGUAAAUGAUCUGUUCGUGAAGAGCAGCGUGAAGACGACUCCUCGCUCUCCCGUUCGCGCUCGGUGACCAUGGAUAUGUUCAUGAAAGGGUUGUCUAAAGCCAAAGAUGGGGUGGUGGCGGCCGCAGAGAAAACAAAGCAAGGAGUGGCAGAGGCGGCAGGAAAAACGAAGGAUGGGGUACUUUAUGUAGGUUCGAAGACUAAAGAAGGUGUAUUUCACGGAGUGUCUUCAGUGGCUGAGAAGACCAAGGAACAAGCAUCUCUGGUUGGAGGAGCCAUGGUGACUGGAAUGUCCACAGUCGCUCAGAAGACAGUGGAAGGAGCUGGAAACAUAGCAGCAGCCACUGGACUGGUGAAGAAGGAGCAACUAGUGAAGCAGGAUGAAGAUUUCUUCCCACAGGAGGGUGUUAUGGAUCGUACAGAAACACUGCAGAUGGACCCUGAUGCUGAGGCCUAUGGUGCAGUUCCUGGGGACGAAUAUCAAGAGUAUGAGCCCGAAGCGUGAGUGUCAUCAGAAUGGGCACACACACCAAGAACUUUAUCCCCCCACCAUUCUUUUACCAUGUGGAAGUUCUUCAAUUCAAAUGUGACUCGUUGUAAAAUUCUUUUUUUCCAAGUGUAAGCUUGUUCACAGUGUACUUUAAAGUCUUUUAUUUGCUGUAAUCCAGAUUGUUGUGGCUUUGUUCAGGUCCCUCCCACUGUGAUGAGGGUCUAGGGACAGGAGCCUCCUUAUUCUGUCAGUAUUGGGUUGGAAAUCCAUCCUCAGUCACUUGCAUUAAACGUGCUGUCAUGUAGCAGCUGCCCACACUCUUCCAGCAUUUGGUUCUGCUGAAGUCAAUGGAACAGGAUUUUGAAGUGGAACUCAGAGUACCUCUACACUUAUAGCACACAGCUGAGGAUGAGUUUAUACCCCACUAGUUUUGAAGUUCAAUAUUAUAACAUUGUUUACUGCUUUCCAAUCUGUAAACAAAGAAACUUUGUGAGUGUGUGAGUGCAUGUGUUUGUACGUCCGUGUGAGUGUUUGAAUGCAUGUGUGUGUGUGUGUGUCUUUGUUUAUGUGUGUGUAACUUUGUGUAACCUAUUUAUUGCUGUGUUUUUCAUGUCAGAUGGCUCUGUUGCUGAGGACUUUGUCUGGUGUACAAUGUUUGCAAUAGCCAGCAUGGAGCUAUGCACAUGAGUAUCAACUGUGACACUGAAAAUCAGUUUGUGCUGGUGUUUUGAUGAGUGUAUAUAAAUAUCUGGUGUUUCUGUGAAACCAAUUAAAUGGAAUGUACAAAACUCUCUCCACUGUUGAGUCCGUUUCAAUGUUGUAGUCAUCCUUGUGAUUAAAUCCACCAUUCACCGGAGAUAUCAGCAUGAUGUAUGAGUGGCCCAGUACAUUGUGUUGUGUACAGACUUGAUGCACUGAAGUUCCUUUCUCAGCUACAUACCUAUCAGAAGGAAGCCGGUGAUGAGAGAUGCUGCUAAAGGUUCAAGGACGGUGACCCUGGAAACUAAAUUCACCUUUGAUUGCCAGCACUACUCUGAAUUUGGAUCUUGUAAAAUGGCAGUUGGUUACAUCUCUACAUGGUAGUGGGGAAAGGGAUUAUAUCUGUGAUUGUCUCGGGGGUAACAUCUGUGAACGGGAACAAAAGCAGAACAUGCUGGGAAGGCUCAGCAGAUCAGGCAGCUUCUGUAGAGACAGAAGCUAUCAACAUGUGUGCAUAAAAAUAGUAUUUGUGUCUGCCUCACUGGAUAUUUUGUGGGUAUAAGGAUUGUGCUUUCUUUGCUUCACUACACACAUUUGGUGUGGAUGGGAAUUGUGAUUACGUCCUUUACACACUAGCAGCCAAUAUUCUUGCACUGAUUUCAAAUCAAUGACCUGGUAGUGACUCUUCAUCUCAUUUUAUGCAGCAGUUGGCUUUGGAGUGAUGUUCCUCAUUCAUGCGCAGAAGUCAUGAUUGUAGUUGUGUGAAUUUUGCCCAACAAAUCCAAAGGUGUCUCGCUUACUGAGAAUAAGUGUUUCCAAUUCGUUUAGAUUUAGAAUUUCUUGAACACGAUCAACCCUAGUAAAGACUAUGUGCUUUGUAUCUGGAAAUUCUUCUUUUACAAGUGAGGAUGCCUCUUCAAAGAUAAGAUGUAGCAUUAAAUCAUUUUUGUGCUGUGAAGGCAACUUAGAUGGUUAUGAGAAGCUGCAAAAUGGGCGAGGGGCAUUUGUAAACCAUUUUUGUGGGUUGUCUUUAGUCUCCAAAUGGCUUUGGCCUUCCCCUCUGUGCAACUGAUAAAACAUACGCUGAAGUAUCUGGCAACUCCAUUGUGAAAUCUACUCUGGGAAAUGAGGAGGGGAACUGGACUUUAGUCACUCCUACCAACCUGAAGACAAGAGAUGUAAUUUAGUUAAAAAUGGCAGAACAGGAGGGGUAAGGAGUGCAAUCUUUUUUAAGCACUGAAUUGUAACUUUGCCGGAAUAUGCAAUGAAACCUUCAAAUGGGCUUGUGUAAAUGCACUUAAAAUGGAAAGUCUACAGGGCUGGAAAUAAAGUGGGUUUAAUUAGCUAAGAUACCAUCAUAAUGAGCUGAAUUUUGUACUGUAGUCAUUGACAUUUGCCAACCAACCUCCUCACAUUCAUUGGCGUUCAGUAAUUUAAAUUAAUAUGUCUGAUCAAAUAAAAUCUCCUUCAUGCUGACGUCAAACUCAUCGGCUUUGUGUCUGUUUCCAUUUUGACUGGUGUGCUCAGAUGCCCUUGGUCCACAGCUAGAGGUCUGCAGGGGUACGAGCUGGAAACCCAAACCUCCACAACAAGCGCAACCUGUGGAAUGUUUUCCACAUCCAACCAUUACCAUAAAUGAGGUGCAAGGGAACCCAUUCCAACAUUUCAGGUAGAGCAAACGCAUGGAUAACACAGUUCACUGCGGUGCAUUGCAGAGCAGCUUAGUUCGUGUACAUAUCCCAAACUCAAAUGCUGAUUGUGUGGACAUUGCAUCUUCCCCCUGUGACUACAUGGGCUUCCCCUCAGUGCUCCAGACAAAAACAAAGUCAAAGUCACAGGGCACACGAAUUGUACAGUAUUCAGAAUUCAGAUGCAAUCUUUCACAAUCAAAUUCCCUGGCAUUACAUCUUGCAUCUGGUGCUCCCUGCCAGAACAAUCCAGUAAGUUCUGUUCUUUGAGUCUUGUUAUACAAAGAAUGGGCUUUGGUGGAAAGUCUUACUAUUCUCAAUAUUAUGGAAUUCUGUGAUAAGAAAGUGUGUCUUGCAUUUUGGUGCAAAAUGGAAUUUUCUCUCCAACAACUCAAAACAACUAGUGAUGAACAUCCAUAGCUGUUCCGUUUUUAUUGCUGUUGCUUGAAAGAUAGCUUGCCAUUUCAUGCGGUGAAUGAAUCUGGGUAUGAAAAUAACAAGUAGUUUUGUAAAAAGAAUUCCAGUUUAUUUCAAACUCUGUAUAAUUGUACAGCUUGUGGCUUCUGUCUAGAAUCUAAGUUGAUUAUGUGCCCAUUUUAUUGUAUUCACUAAAGUGCAGAUGAUAUAAUUUAUCAAUGUCAUGGAAUGAAUGUAAUGGGAUUCUCACACAUAAGCUGUCUCAAAAGAGAUUGUAGUUAGAUUAAUUAAGUGU